AUGGUUCGGGUCCACACGGUUAACAUUCCGAAGACUCGCAACACCUACUGUCCAGGCAAAAAGUGCCGCAAGCACCAGAUGCAUAAGGUGUCGCAGUACAAGAAGGGCAAGGACUCCCCCGUGACUCAGGGUAAGCGUCGUUACGAUAGAAAGCAGCAGGGUUUCGGAGGUCAGACCAAGCCCAUCCAGCACAACAAGGUCAAGACCACCAAGAAGGUUACCUUGAAACUCGAGUGCACCGUCUGCAGACAUAAACGCAUGAUCCCCAUCAAGCGCUGCAAGGUCUUUGAACUCGGUGGCGAAAAGAAGGAGAAGGGAGGACCUUCCUAUUAG